AUGAGAAUGACUUCAAAAAAAAAGGAGGAUGUAGUUGUAACAAAUAAGAUCAAGGCUCCGUUUCUUUCUAUGUUUUGUUACAUCCAGGGUCUCUGUGUACCUGAUUCCACUUUCUUUUUUUGGUAUUCACCCGUCAAAACACCCCAUCUCGAGAUUUUUUUUUUUCAUGAGGUUCAUAUGAUGAUUCGUAUGCUGAUUCAUACGAUGAUUCCUAUGCUUGCUUCUAAUAGCAGUAGUACGAAUAAAGAUGAGAUCUACAUUGAGAAUCAUUUGGGUAAAGGCCAACAAAGAGAUCUCAGGGAAUCGCUCAAUGAUAUCGUCAUUAAAAAAUCAACAUCGCUUACAGAGUUAGGAGCUCGCUUCUUAGAAUAA